AGAAUUUACACAGAUUGGUGUUUGGCCCAAACAAUCAGCCAAUGUGAUCGAUUCAAAGAUUUGAGGUUGACAGUAAUGAACGCACGAUAUUCUGCAUCGUAGAUCUUCGCCUGCAUUUGUCGCCGGCACAUGCAAAUGACGCAGGGCAACUUUGGAAGUAGAGGGGUCAAGCUCAUCAAUAUCCAUGCCAAUAUCAAUUUGCACCUCAGUCCCAGCAGUCAGUUGCAAGACAUUCCCCAUCACAUCACAUCGCAUCGCCAUCGCACGCGUAAAACAGCAGGCCUGACAAGACACCACAGCAGAAUCAGUGCCAAUCGUUUCCAUCGCAUACAUUUUCGUUGAACAACGUAGUCCCGCCGCAAAACCCAUUCGCGGAAUUCGAACCGUACUUCCUCCCCCUGGCUCCGAUAUCAAUGCCGACAACAUCAUUGGCUCCGAUAGCCUCAACGACACCGAUAGUACCGGUAUUGCAAGCAGCAUGGCAUAGUGGCGACACAGCGGUUUUGCACCCAGUGUUUUUCACGCAAAGACUGCAUAGGUCGCCGUUCGUGCCACUUGCUGCGGCGGCAAUCACGAGUCCUGUCGCGCAUGGCUACACAUAUUCGGAGGCACAGAGGCGGAGUGGUGGGGGACUGUCAUCGAGGUUAUGAGUGGGCAAAGCUUUGCGAUUGAGUGGCUCAGGAGUAUCAUGACGUGAGAGAUAUCUAGGAAUUGAUGAAUACUUGGCCUUGACUCCCUCGGCUGCAGCUUCUGGGUCUAUUUCAUCAAUUUGGCCAGGAUGACAGAACGGCGGGCGUCGUAUUGCUGACCCUCACCACAUCAUUGGAUGGCAGCAGCUUUGGUGAUA